AUGUCUAUCUGGGACACCCUCUCGGGUCGAAAGCAGACGGCCGGCACGGCUGAAUUCGACCCAUCCUCUGCCGCAGAUGUCUCUUCGUUCCUCUCUAAUACCGCCAUUCCCGACCCAUCAGAACUCCAUCCUCUGUCGGGACUAAACCAAGAAACACUCGACUACCUAACGCUCGAAGACUCGGCGCUGAGCGAGCUGCCCGGCUCCCAGUCCGCACUCCCAUCAAGAGGAUGGUCUGACGAUCUCAGCUACGGGACAGGAACCACAUAUCUCGCUGCUCUUUCGAUUGGAGGAGCAUGGGGUCUUAUCGAGGGACUGAGACGAUCGCCGGCCAGCGCUGCACCAAAGCUGCGGCUCAACAGCGUGCUUAACUCAGUCACUCGACGCGGACCAUUCCUGGGGAACUCUGCCGGCGUUGUUGCGUUGGUUUAUAACGGUGUGAAUUCGACAAUUGGACAUGUGAGAGGCAAGCAUGAUGCGGCAAAUAGCAUUGUUGCUGGAGCGUUGAGCGGAAUGCUCUUCAAGAGCACUAGGGGUAUCCGACCCAUGAUGAUAUCUGGAGCAAUCGUUGCCAGUAUCGCGGGAGCCUGGACUGUAUGA